AUGGAUUCCGGUGCUACAAAUCACAUGACAGGUAAUCCAAAUAUGUUUUCUAGCUUUCGCUCACAUAAAGCACCCUCUCCGAUUACUGUAGUUGAUGGAUCAACUUGUAGUAGUGUUGGAUCUGAUAUUAUUAAACCAACUUCCUCUAUUACCCUAUCAUCUAUAUUAUGUCUACCAAACUUGGCUUUUAACUUGAUUUCUGUUAGUAAAAUUACCAAAGACCUUAAUUGUUGUGUUGCAUUCUUUUCCGAUCAUUGUUUGUUUUUAGAUCUUAAGACGAUGCAGGUUAUUGGUAAAGGAUAUAUAUCUGGUGAUCUCUACAUUCUUUAUGAAUGGGAGCCAUGUUCUGUUGCAUGCUCUAGUAUCGUGUCUCCUUUUGAAGCACAUUGUCGACUUGGACAUCCCUUUUUGCCUUUGUUAAACAAGCUCUGUCCUCAGUUUCAGAAUAUUUCAUCAUUGGAUUUCAAAACUCAAUUCAAUGCUUCAGUACGUACUCUAAGGAGUGAUAACGCUAAAAAAUACAUGUCAGAGUUAUUUCAGUCCUACAUGAGACAACAUGGUAUAUUAUAUCAGUCUCCAUGUGUUGAUGCACCCUCUCAAAAUAGAGUUGUUGAGAGGAAGAAUAGGCAUCUACUUGAGACAGCUCGAGCACUUUUGUUCCAAAUGAAGGUUCCUAAACAGUUCUGGGCUGAUGCGGUUUCUACGUCUUAUUUUCUGAUUAAUCGCAUGCAAUCUAGUGUACUCGAUGGUAAUGUGCUUUAUAGUGUUCUUUUUUCGAACAACUCAUUAUUUUCGAUGGAACCUAAUGUGUUUGGAAGCACAUGUUAUGAUCGAGAUGUUCGACCAUCUCUUACCAAGUUGGCUCCCAAGGGUGUGAAGUGUGUUUUCUUAAGCUAUUCUCACCUUCAGAAGGGGUAUCGAUGUUAUACUACUGAGCUUGGAAAAUAUUUAGUAUCAACUGAUGUGGUAUUUUCAGAGACUACACCAUUCUUCUAUGCACCUCCCAUUUCUACAAGCCAGGGGGAGGAAGAUGAGUGGCUAGUAUAUCAGGUUAACCGUACUUUGACAGAACAAUCAGAUGAUACUCUUCGAUCUCCCAAUUCUUCUAUUUAG